CUCCUCCUCCUCUUAUAUAUACUGUUACACCUGUCCGUCAGCCUCAGUUUGUGUCCGGUAAUCAACAGACCCAAGAUGGCAGCGUCCUUCUCAGUGAUGGUGGUGGUGGUGAUGGCGGUGGUGGCGGCGGUGGUGGAGGGGCACAGCAUGGAGUUUGGGAGGUGCAAAGCUAAAACAGGGACAGGAAACUUUGCCCCAGAUCAGCUGGAGGGGAAGUGGUACGUCAUCCAGAUCUUCAGCACCAACAGCCGCUGCCUCACCGUCAACUUCACCCGCACGAACGACGGCUACCUGGCCACCGAGACGCGGGAGCUAUUCGUGGGCCGCAAGCUUGGCCUCGACCACAGCGUGACCAACACCGGCCGAUACACCUUCAAGGACCCCGCCCAGCCCUCCCAGAUGCGUGUAUACUGGCCUUCGAACAUCUUCCCCGUUCAGGCUGAUGUGACUGUGAUCGACAUCCAGCCUGGCUCCUUCGCUGUCCUCUACGAGUGCCAAAACCUCUACUUCGUGAGCCGGGUGUCGGUCGCCGUGCUGGCCAAACAACCUACCCUGGACGCGGAGACCAUUCAAAGGAUCGAGACGGACCUUGCAGCCAUGGACAUCGAUGUUGGUGACUUCGACACCAUCAAACACGAGGGAUGCAAGGCGCCCACCGAGACGGACUUCAACAUCAACAUCAAUGACUAUAUCGGGGACGGCUUCCAUGGCUCCUCCGUUGGCUCCUCCGCCCCCUCCGGCUCUGGCUCUGGUUCCGCCCCCGCCGCCCCCGCCGCCCCCUCCUCCCCCUCCUCUCCCUCCUCCCCCUCCUCUCCCUCCUCCCCCUCCUCCCCCUCUCCUUCCAUCCCUACGCCCGUUCUCCCAGGUGGAAAUCGCGAGGAGAAUGAGGUGUUUUAAGGAGUGAGAGAGAGAGAGAGAGAGAGAGAGAGAGAGAGAGAGAGAGAGAGAGAGAGAGAGAGAGAGAGAGAGAGAGAGAGAGAGAGAGAGAGAGAGAGAGAGAGAGAGAGAGAGAGAGGGAAAA